AUGCCCGCUUCAGAGGAAGUCCACUUGCUCAUCAACUCGCUGACUCCCAAGGGACGGUGCUGGUGCUGCUGGGAGUCCCAUGAGACUGCGAACGAUCCGCUCAUCCGAGCUUGUCUCGGUUGCAGAGAUAUCGAUCUGCAGUAUGUCCAUCAGAGCUGCGUGAAUCGCUAUAUCAAUGCGCUGCCGUCGGCAACACUGACGACGAACCGGGCGUACCGUCACUGCACCCGCUGCGGCGACCAAUACACCAUCACCGAGCGACAAGUACCCUGGCUUGAGACGCUGUGGUCAACGCCGAGCCUGGUGUAUCGGGUGGUGGGCCUGUUUCUCUACACCGUUGUGCUGACAGCGGCAUGCUCGAUGCUGCUGUACCGCUACCGAAACAACGACAUUCUGCUAUUGGAGUGGGGCCCCUACCUCAAGAUUUACGUCCGUGAGCUGAUUGCUUUUCUGUUGCUGCUGGGGCAUUUCCUUCACCUGGUGGAGUGGCAGUUUGUCUAUCGACAGUGCCGUGGGAAUGUCGAGCUCAAAGUCAUUGCCAAAAAAAUAUAG